AUGUUUUUGAGCUCUCGGUCUCGCCUCUCGGCUUUAACUCCUAACCAUCACUAUUAUCUACUACACCACGCCGCCUACUGCACAGCCUUAGGAAAUUUAAGAGAUAAACCAGAGAUUCUUCUCUUAUUGUCCUCUAUUCUAAUUUUAUCUUUUUUAAAGGGCGAUUCAGGCGGUCCAGUCUUCUCUUACUUGAAUAAUAAUAAUCAAGAAUCUUCGACUCCUUCAUUUAUAGGUUUAUCGUUACAAAUAGCCUUAUAUGUGGAUAGCAAAAAUACAAACAAAAAAUUUAUUUAUGGAGAAAAUGUAAAUUUAAGAGAUGAAGAAAUGGAAAAAUGUAGAACAGCUAAUGAAUUAAGUGUUUUAAAGAAGGAAUGUAUUCUGGGCUGGCUAGAAUAUUUGGUUUAUAAUGAAAGUAAUUUUAGAAGGAAGGAAAUUUUAAAAGAAAUAUUUGAUUCGUUUAUAUGGAAAUAAAACUUUUUUUGGUCUUUUUGCAAUAAUGUAAAUAAAUAAAAAUUUGUAAAGGUUAAAUUAGAAGAGUAUAAAAAGUGAUUAUUUA